AUUUUGCAGGUUAUCAAAUACUUCUCCCCACUGUACACACCUACUGAUGGGGUGGUGGGGUUACCAGACCGAUGGAGGACGACCUCCACUGUAGGUCCAGUUUCAAAAAUUGGUCCUACCCAGCCACUGUACCCGUUGGGCGCUCUUGUCAUGUUUCUGUUUGCCCUUUGACCCUGACAGGUGUCCUCCCGUGACAUCAUUGUGUUCCAAGCAGGGGAGAUGUGUGGCCACUGGCAACCUCUAGUCACCUUGGUGAUGACAAACACUCCUACUGCCAUGACAUCAUCCCAGUGAUGAAGUAGGGGAGGGGAGAUGGAGGGGGCCGGAGGGAGGAUAUUUGCCUGUAUAAACCCACCGCAUCAUCCCAGCUGAUACACUAACAUUAAACCACUGCCAAGCGAACACAAACGCAAGAAGCAAACACAUCCUUUCAAUAACAUCAGUGAGAGAGAGGGAAGAGGAGAAAAGGAGGGGCAAAGCGUGAGAUAGUGAUGCUUUCAGCAGGUGCCAAACAGUGAGAGGUAGCUGAUAGAGGGGAAGACUGUGAAAGAGAUGCAGCCAGCCUGUGAGAGCACACAGUGACCCACAGCAUCGGAGACAAGAGAAGAAGACAAAGUGUGAGAAUCCUGUUGUCAUUGCAGUGUCAGUGUAGUUGUGUCCAGCCAGUCUCCUGCAUUACUGUUCCUGCCCUCCCUCUACUCACUGCUGCCAUGCUGUACCCAGCUCUGCUCUGUGCUGCUCUGCUCCUGAUAGCACCCCUGGGGCACACAGAGGGGCGCACCCUGCACCCCUCACCUGAUGCCAUCCAGUUUGUUGAGCAGUUUCUGGAUCGCUACAACGACCUGACCCUGGAUGACCUGGAGAACCUGGUGAGCAGCCAACCAGAGGAGCCCUCUGCUUUUACUUCCGGGGUCAAAGUCGCCGAGUACCCCAAAUGGGCUGACAUACCAGCACAGGGCGACAGCACCUGGCUCCGCCUCCUGAAGGGGACCCUGGCCAAUCAGAAAAGAGCUGUGACGGACCGGUCGAGGAGGGGGUGGAACCGAGGAUGCUUCGGGCUCAAACUGGACAGGAUCGGGUCAAUGAGUGGACUGGGCUGCUAGUGGAGAGAGGAAGGGACUGACGCCCCUCAGGGGAUAUGAGGACCAACACACAGUAGGCUGCUACACAGCACACAGUCAUUUACACACAUGUGGUGAAUACAAGGAUGUUAAUGUGAGUACAAAGGAGGUCUACAUGUAGCGUAGCUGUAGUGUACAUGCUGUAUUGCUAAUGUGGUUCCAUCGAGCUUAAAGUUACUCUGUAUGUCUCCUGGCUGUUGUUGGAAGGGGUUAGCUGUACUUAUAUUGUACAUCUAUUCAUUUGAAUCUUGAAAGUAUCAGAGUUGUGUUUACAUCAAGAUGUUAUUCUAUUUUAAGUCUCUGUGUUUUGACAGUAAACCUGCACUUUAUUUAAAACAAAGUAUUUAAAAGUGUUGUCAUUCUUGACUAAUAUUGUUCUUGUUAAUCCUGCAGGAAUAGUUGUUAUGGCAUGUUUAAUGGAAAUAAAUAUUUGAAAAAAAUAUAAUAUAAUUAAAGUCAAAUGUUUCUUCUCUCUGCUAUUGAUUUGACAUUUGGCAUGAAUAAAUGUACACUGAACCACGUUG